CUGGUCUAUUUUUACCUGGGUGUUUUAAUAUUGGGACGUUUUGACUGUAAAUUGGUAAUCUCGGAUGAGGUCAUAGGUUACAGAUACUGAUUGUUAUUAUAAUGCGUAAAGGAGGAAAUAACUUUAUUAAGUCAGCAAUUCAUUAUAUCAUAAGUAUCUGAUGUUAAUGGAACGGCAUUAUAAAGGGAAAACAACAAGUGGGAUAUGGAUGCGUAGAGUCGCCAAAUAAAAAAUCAUCAAAGACUCUGAAGCGGCUGUUUAUAUGGACUAACCUGAUCACAGCGGAAAGCUGGCUUGUAGUUAUAUGACUAACAAACUGCGAGUAGUGUUUUGGUUUCAUUGAUAAGAAGGCAGUGAGAUAUGAAGUUCCCAUACACACAGAUAGACGAGGAAGUGGGUGAGGCCCCGUCUCCACCUCAAAGCCCCAGGGUUGAGGUUGAACGCCCCCGGGGUAGACAACCACCAGCAGAUACGAGAUACGAUAUUCGACCACCUGAUGAUGAUGAUGACGAUGUCGAUGUAAUACAAGAUAUUGGCAGCGUGCAACAAGGACCUACAGGUCAUGGAUCGAGCCAGAUCAGCCCCCCACAGUCGUUACUUUACCAUUGGCCAUACUGUCUCGGCAUUUUGGAGAUUAUGUUUGGUUUCCUGGCAGCUGGAUUCGGAGCAUUGAACGUGUUCUUGGUGCCAAUGCUUGUCUCAGGAAAUGGAUCGUGGUCCCUUGGCAUAAAUAACAAUUACGGGGCGUGUCUUUGGUCUGGAAUUGUGCUUAUACUGAGUGGAAGUUUAAGUGUAAGGAUCUCAGAAACGAAGAGUCGAAAAAAUAUUAUCCAGUUUUACGUGGUCUCGUGUGUUGGGUGCCUUUUGAAUACUGCUUUUCUUCAACUGAUGCUCAUAUGCAGUCUAAUCUUAGACCCAUCUUCUUUAGCAACAUACAAAGAGGAGCACAAGUAUGGGGCUAUCGAAUAUGUAGCUGAAUUGAGUUCAAUUCUUGGGUUCAUACCACUGGUAGUGGUUACAUUCAGCUAUUUUAGACCAGUGUGUUGUGGGAAUGUCCGGCUUGGACAUUCGCUGGGUGUUUGCUGGCUGCCAUGUUGUUUCAGUCCGGUUUCCCCGUCACAUUCCAUAAGUUCCGAGAUCAACGACGUGGACCAGAUGUGUAUGGUGAUAUGAUUGGCUCUUAUAUUUUUUUUAUUUUCAAAUAAAUUGACUAAAUUAAUUGCUAUUUAAUUUGUUAAUUUUUUUGUUUAGCUCAAUUUAUUUUUAAGAGAGUAUGAGUUAUAAUGAUAGCCUUUGUGGUGAUUUGUUCAAAUGGGAUGUUUUUCUGCUCAUAAUAAUUAAAAAUGUCUGAAAAUAUUUUGAAUGAUUGGCAUUUGAUUAAAUGAAAUUAUCUGAGGUUUCACAUAAAAUAUGUGUAUCUAAUAUGUAUAUCAGUGCAUGCGUUUAGGAAUUGAAGCUUAAAAAUUGUAUCUGAAUUAAUGAUAAUCAUUUGUUUGCAAUGUAUUUAUCUGUCAUGCCUAUCAUUUUGAAUGACUUGUCUGAGGUCUAACUUGUAUAGUUAUGAGUAGCAUCCUUCUCAAAUCAACAAGACCCUAAAUUGCAGGAAGCUACUCAGAUAUAAUUAUAUAUGUAUGUAUGUGUAUUUAUCACAUGUUGUUGCUUGUUUUGAGUGUAAUACUAUUAUACAACCAUUAUAUGUUUUCCUGACAUUAAUGUUAUUUCAUCCUACUAAUUUGAAGCUCUCCACAAUUUAGAUGUUUAGUAGGUUAUUUGAAUGGUUUAUAAGUCGUAUGCUUUAUUAUGAGAUUAAAAUAACCUGCAAUAGUAUUUGCUCAUCCAUUUUUUGAGGAAAACAAAGUUUUAUUAUGGUCAUAGCCUGGUGUGUUGGCAUUCAACAUGCAUGAGAAGUCAAUCUUAUGGCCAUACAUUAUUGACUUGAUUUACUGUAUAGGUCUGCUAUAGAUAUCAAGCAAUCCGAUUAGCUACAGCAUUCAAGAUCCAAUAUUGAACAACAUCUGUCUUUGUCAUAACUCAAAAACCAGUCAAGAUAUUCGAAAAUUGCUUAAAUAUAAGAUAUUUUAGUGAUACUUAAACGGGAAUGAUACAUAAACCGGUCAAGAAAUUCUUACGAUAUUUACAACCCGACAAGAUAUUCUUGUGUUACUUAAAACAUGUCAGGAUAUUGUAGUGAUACUUAAAACAGGUCAAGAUAUUGUAGUGAUACUAUAAACCGGUCAAGAUAUUGUAGUGAUACUUAAAACAGGUCAAGAUAUUGUAGUGAUACUUAUACAGGCCAAGAUAUUCUAGUGAUACUUAAAACUGGUCAAGAUAUUCUAGUGAUACUUAAAACAGGUCAAGAUAUUCUAGUGAUACUUAAAACCGGUCAAGAUAUUGUAGUGAUACUUAAAACUGGUCAAGAUAUUGUAGUGAUACUUAAAACUGGUCAAGAUAUUGUAGUGAUACUUAAAACAGGUCAAGAUAUUCUAGUGAUACUUCAAACCGGUCAAGAUAUUCUAGUGAUAUACUUAAAACUGGUCAAAAUAUUCUAGUGAUACUUAAAACUGGUCAAGAUGUUCCUGUGAUAUUUUCUACCCAUGCUGCCAAAAGCAAUAAAAAGAUGAAGGCCAAUGAAUCUUGGUUAAAUAAUGUCAAGUUAUGUCCCUUUAUUAGACUUUAAAUUAACAGAUGAGUGUGAGUGUUCCCUCUGCAUUUCUCUCUUUUUUGCUUUUGUUACUUUUUGCUUAUGAUAAGUGUCAGAAUGUUAUUAUUGUUUUAUUUCAAUCACGCCACGAAAGCGAUGAAACCUUUGAACUUUAUCCGUAUUCAUAAUGUUUAACAGUUAAUGAUAAAUUAUGUAUAUCUUUUUGUUUACGAAAUAACUGAAUUGAAUUGAUCUGUGUUUUGUCAAUGCAAAUUGUCUAUUUUCAACAAAAUAUGUAUUUUUUAUUUUGCCCUUAUAUUAUUGAUUUUUUCAAUCACUAUGUAUUUUUUACUUCCUCGGUAACCAUUAUAACCCCAACCCACCCUUCAUUCACUUGCUACUGGUGAACUUUAUUAAAGACAUUUUGAUUUUAAUGUUCUCUUAAAAAAGAAACAGCUAAGCAACUGGCCAGGAGUUAAUUUGAACACUUGAUAAAUGUCAAGUUGGCAAUUACUAUUGGUACAAACUGGAACACGAUCAAUGUUUCUCGGCUUAUGGAUAUAUUUAGCAUACAAAUUAUGGAUGCUCAUUUAUACCUAACAUUUUUUUUUGAAUGGUUUAAUACAGUGUUGGUCAUUAUAUACUUUGUAUACUGCAAUUGGAACUCCUUGGCCAUCUCUGCCACACGAUAGUGUUCGAUGUAUGCCUUGCAUUAGUAAAAGAAGUUUAUGAAAUUAAAAUGGUUGGUGUUUACCUCUCCUUGUUUGGUAUCGGACAGGUGACUUAUUGGCCUGAAAAAUAGUGAAGCAGACUGAGUCAGGUGUUUCUGUAAAUGCAUUACUACAUGAUCUACUUGCAGCUUAGUUAAACGUAAAGAAUUCUGACAUUGUAAACAGUCCAUAUACAUAAAAAAUUGUUAUAUUGGCAAUGAGUUCAUAACAUGGACAAUCAAAACAACAUAUCUUUGUACAGUAAAUAUAAAAAUAUUAAAUACCUGCAAGUAUGACUGGUCCAUGCCCUGCACACUACCACCAAGGAUAACUAAAAAGUGUCACAGAUAACCCUUAUUUCCAUUAAGGUCCUUAAUGUCAGUGGCAUGACAUAGAAAGGCAUUUUUAACUUACAUGAAAUAUAAUUAAGACCACACAUGUAUAUAAUCAUAUCGCUUUAAAUUGUUUCAAUGGAAAACGGCCAAGGUGCUCCUUUUAUGUAUAGGUAUGAUUAAAACAUCUAUUCUGUUGCACUAUAUCAGCUUUCAAUGGACAUACAUCAAUACCUAUGCAAUAUUGAAACUGUAGACAGAUGGCCCCGAUUUUGUAUUGAAUCCACUUAUGAUACCAUUAUGUGCUCUGUCUUUGGACAAUUUUCUACCCUUGUGAUUCAUCUCAUCUUUAUUUUAUCAUUGAAAAAGCUUUAAAAAAAUGAAAUGCAUUAGACAACAAAUACAGAAAUUACUGUCAUUGUUUUUCUAUUAUGUUUUAGUGUAAAACUAAAUGUAUUGUUUGAUUCAGACUGGAGCUUUUAUUCACAUUUGGAUAGCUUGCGUGCUUUAAAUGUUUGUUUAUAUUUAGUGCAGCAUUUCUAAAUGGCUUAAGCUUUUUCUAUAACAAAAAAGUAUGCUAUUAUUGGCAGAGAUUAUAUAUUUAUUAAGUAGUAUUAUCCAAAUAAUUUACAAAUGUAAGUUUACUCUUGCAACAUGUAAUUAUCUGUGGUUUCAAGUAGGGUUUACUUUUCAAAUCACAACGUUAAAUAUAUAAUAACAUAUUUAUUAUUUUGUCAUUAAAUGUAACCACAAUAUAACAUAUACAAUACAAAAACUAAUAGGAAAGCUAUCUAAUGGUUAACUGUUAUUAGAGAAUUAUUUAAAACUGUUAAAUUCUAUUGAUUUGUCAAUGUAUCCAAUAACUUAACUACUCACCAAUCAAAUCUGUUUUAUGUCCAAAUUACUUAAAAGAUUAACUGCGGACAUCUUGUCAAAGUUUUAUACAAUUCAGUGCAGAUUUUACAAAAACUGAUCAAGUUAAAAUUUGAUUGACAUCGAUGCAAUAUCUUGAAUUUUCCUUCCUUGUAAUUUGUCCAAUCUUUGAAAAUACUGAUACAUUCUAGUGGCUACAUGAAUAUAUGUUGUUUUUUUGUAUUUUGAUUUGUUCUAUUUAUUUGUUCAAUUAAUAAAUUUAUCAUUAUUAUGUUGAACAAUGUGAAAAUGAUUGUUAAUUCAAUAUUUACUGAUUGAAUAAACAUAAAAAAUA